AGGCCCGUGAGGAUCCAAGAUGUCUGCGCCCAUGCACUGCUAGUGGCUGACGGAGACUUCUUCCUCUGCUCAGGGCCCCUCUGGUACCGGACUGAACCCAAGGACUAUGCUGGGCCGGACUCUCCGAGAAGUUUCUGCAGCACUGAAACAGGGCCAAGUUACACCAACAGAGCUCUGCAAGAAAUGUCUCUCCCUCAUCAAGAAAACCAAGUAUUUAAAUGCCUACAUUACUGUAUCAGAAGAGGUAGCCUUAAAACAAGCUGAAGAAUCAGAGAGAAGAUACAAACAAGGUCAGUCACUUGGAGAUUUAGAUGGAAUUCCCGUUGCCGUAAAAGACAACUUCAGCACAGCUGGCAUUGAGACAACAUGUGCAUCAAACAUGCUAAAAGGUUAUAUACCACCUUACAAUGCCACGGUAGUUCAGAAGUUGUUGGAUCAGGGUGCUCUACUCAUGGGGAAAACAAAUUUAGAUGAGUUUGCUAUGGGAUCUGGAAGCACAGAUGGUGUGUUUGGACCGGUUAAAAACCCCUGGAGUUAUUCAAAGCAACACAGAGAAAGGCGGCCACAUGAUGAGCAUGAUGAUUCCCAUUGGCUGAUAGCUGGAGGGAGCUCAGGUGGCAGUGCGGCCGCUGUGGCAGCGUUCACGUGCUUCGCGGCUCUAGGAUCAGAUACUGGAGGGUCCACCAGAAACCCUGCUGCCCACUGUGGGCUUGUUGGUUUCAAGCCAAGUUAUGGCUUAGUUUCCCGUCACGGCCUCAUUCCCCUGGUGAACUCGAUGGAUGUGCCAGGAAUCUUCACCAGAUGUGUGGAUGAUACAGCUAUCGUGUUAGGUAUACUGGCUGGACAUGACCCCAAAGAUUCCACCACAGUACAAGAUCCUAUUAAACUAUCCAGGAUUCCCAGUGAGGUGGAUGUGAGCAGACUCUGCAUAGGAAUUCCAAAGGAAUAUCUGGUACCAGAGCUGUCGAGUGAGAUACGGUCUCUCUGGUCCCAAGCUGCUGACCUCUUUGAGUCUGAGGGUGCCAAAGUGAUUGAAGUCUCCCUGCCACACACCUGCUACUCAAUAGUCUGCUACCAUGUGCUGUGCACAUCAGAAGUGGCAUCGAAUAUGGCAAGAUUUGAUGGGCUACAAUAUGGUCACAGGUCUGGCAUUGAUGUGUCCACUGAAGCCAUGUAUGCUGCAACCAGACAAGAAGGGUUCAAUGACGUGGUGAGAGGAAGAAUUCUCUCAGGAAACUUUUUCUUAUUAAAAGAAAAUUAUGAGAAUUAUUUCGUCAAAGCGCAGAAAGUGAGGCGCCUCAUUUUAAGGGACUUCGUGAAUGUUUUUGAUUCUGGUGUGGAUGUCCUGCUAACUCCCACCACCCUGACUGAGGCAGUGCCAUACUUGGAGUUCAUCAAAGAGGACAACAGGACGCGGAGUGCCCAGGAUGAUAUUUUUACACAGGCUGUAAACAUGGCAGGCUUACCAGCAGUGAGUGUCCCUGUGGCCCUCUCAAACCAAGGGUUACCAAUAGGACUGCAGUUCAUCGGACGAGCAUUUUGUGACCAGCAACUUUUGACAGUUGCAAAAUGGUUUGAAAAACAAGUACAGUUUCCUGUUAUUCAGCUGCAAGACCUCAUGGAUGAUGGCUCGUUGGUUCUUGAAAAUGGAAAGUUAACUUCUGUUUCUCUAACCCAAUAGUGAUCAACGCUGGGCCUCUGGCUUGCCAGGCAAGCCCUCUGCCAUUGGACUGAACCUCCCUCCCCCAGAUCAUGCCGUUCACCUGACUCUUAAGAGGCUCUGUUCUCUAGAGUGCCCAGUGAUCUUGCUCAGCCCUGUGAUUAGAUCACUGUCGACACUGUCUGUCUUGGGAAUCACUUCUUCAAAUCCCUGUGAUGUUCAUUGUAAUGUUUAUACAUUCAUUAAAUAACGUUAAAUUCAAGUAUUGAAUUUUACUACAACACAAAAAUUCAAGGUCAUAAAAACAAUGCAUUCUGCAUAAUUUUCAUUACGAAGAACAGAAAUUAGAGUAAAACUAAAUUUAGUAAUAAAUGUCUGACUCCCGAGGUGACUGGUGUGGUUUUGACAGGCAGUGGGUCCUGCAGUGGCCUCAGCGGUGUGAGAAAUGCACGCAGGCAGACAGGACUUGCCCUGACGAAAGCGCUGGGCAUAGGAGGAAGUGUGGCCCGCUAGGCCCAGAACCACACGAAGCUGCAGCUCCUUUUGUUUCUCUGGAAACAGAGGUAAAAUGACAGGACUUCCUCCUUACCUCGCCUCUCUCAGAGCAAGCACAGCUCCGGGUCACACUGGAUCACCUCCCUCUUAAUCUCAGGGUGGAAGGUUCCAAAUGCCCAAGGGACACACGGUGUGAACGUGUGAGGAGACCCUGGUGAGGAUGCCAGAGAUGACAUCAUAAGAUCUCUGCGAUUCCGUACUCUUGACCGGCUUCAUCAGUGUUCUCUGUUUGGACCUCUUGAGUCCCACUUAGACAACAUCUAAUAAAAAUGUCCUCUGGAGUGUCAUGGUUAAACAUCUCUGUCUUCGCUAGGACACUUG